GUAUAAAUGUAAGGCAUGAACGAUGUUAUUAUUUAUAUGAUAAUAGGUAUGCAGGGCAUAAAUGAUGUAAAGUCGCCAUAUGACCUAAAUAGUGUCGUUGUGACUCUUGUUAAGUGCUGUGUGGCGGCCGUAAAAUGUCGCCCCGACUUCAUCUCAGUGUUGUUAUAUUUUCUGGUCCUUCGGGAUCAUUGAUUUCAACUCAUUUAGAUUUGAAGAUUGAAUACUGCUUAAGCCGGUGCUAGUGGGCGUGGGCAGUGUUGCUUUUUCCAUUACUGCCCAUGAACAGACUCAAUCAAACCGAGUCUGCAAUUUUCACUAUUUGCCUUGUUCUCGGUGCUUCCGAGGGAUCUGCUUUCCAGAUUUUAUUAUGAUUGUUUGCAUGAUUGUUAUAGGAUCUUUAUCUAUUUUAGGGUGUCUUGUGUUUGUCAUUUUUAUAAGCAUCGGUAGAACAGAUGGGCUUGACUGUUACACUUGUACCAAUGCUACCCACAUCUCCGAAUGCAAGUCUACAACAACAUGCAAUGCGGGCGAGAUUUGCUUCUCUGAUCAUAUUCAAACACCAAAUGGAAUUUUAUAUUCGUUCGGAUGUCGGCUGGAUACGGAAUGCAAAGCUAUUGUUGCGAAGGGUAAUAACGUCGGGUCUGGGUCCCUAGUUGGUAGGUCAGCAAUGACAGGACCUUGCUUUGAAUGUUGUAAGGAACAACAUUGUAACAGACAACUUUGUAUGCAUUCAUUCUCAGAGAAAGAAUGUUCGGACAGUACGGAAAUACACUGCUCCACUGCUGGAGCUAUGGUUGAAAUGUGUUCUGAUACAGAAAAGGCAAACACGCUGUGUAGAAGAUUUUGCGGCUUGUGUAAUUACGUCAAUGGACACUGGUCAAGUUGGUUUUCAUGGUCAAAUUGUCACGUAACUUGCGGUACUGGACUACAAACACGCGCUCGCAAUUGCACGGAGCCAGCACCUUCAGGCGGAGGUCAUUUUUGUGGGGGACAAUCACUCGAAACACAAGACUGUACAGAGGAACCUUGUCCAAUACAUGGAUCAUGGGCCGGCUGGACACCCUGGGGAAGUUGUAGUGCUACAUGUGGUAUAGGUUUACAGAGAAGGGAUAGAUCAUGCUCGAACCCGUAUCCUGCAAGGUUUGGAGACCAUUGCUACGGAGAUUCGAGAGAUGACAAAAUUUGUCUUACCAAUGCAUGUGCAGACGGUGGUUGGGCGGACUGGACAGUCUGGGGCACCUGCAGUAGAACCUGCGGAGAUGGUAUCAAAACACGUUCAAGGACGUGUGACAAUCCACUACCGUCAAUUCAAGGAAAAUAUUGUCAAGGCGAUCCAUAUCAAGUUGUAACUUGCAGUGUUAAAUCCUGUCCAGAGACAAACGGAGGAUGGGGUACUUGGACUGAGUGGACACAGUGCAGCGCCACAUGUAACACGGGUAUGAGAUCACGUUUAAGGGACUGUGAUAGUCCAGUUCCAUCUGCCGGCGGGCGAUCAUGUCCAGGAAGUCCAUAUGACGGACAAACUUGUGUCAUUAAACCCUGCCCGAGUAAGCUUUCCGCUUUUACUGCAAAAGAGCCGAGUGACGGAUAUUGCAGAAUAUAUUUAUCCCACAAACAUCUUUUUAAUGUAGAUGUGCCUGUAUUAGCUAUUGAUUUCUGUUACAUAUCAUUUAAACACAUUGUAUUGAAUGAGGGAAAUCACUAUAAUAAUGGUAAUUUCACUUGCUUGUAUCCAGGUCUGUAUUAUUUUGAAGCUUAUCUUACUGCAAAAAAUAAAGGGAGUAACACUUUCGCGUGCGAGAUUCAAAAAAAUUCUCACCCUGUAGUCGAUUUUUAUCAAGAAAAUCCAGCAUCAACUAGCGAUGGAACUCUCUCUACAACAGGAUCCACCACCUUGCAUCUUGUUAAGGGAGACGUUGUUAAUGUACGUUGUACACACAGAAGUUAUAAUUUGCACUCUGCCUCAGCGUUCAGUGGAUUCCUCGUUAGUCCGGAUCCCUAGCUGUGUUUCCGUCUUGAGUUGUUGAUAAAGCUUAUUCUGGCGAUGUCUCUUUUUGUUUGCAGAUACAUUUUAUUCCUAAAUUUUGUAUUUUCCACUUCUUUUUUUUUGAAAAUUUGUUCCCAUGUUAUUCUCUAAAUAAUUGUAAAGGCCCUCUAGCAAAAUAAACUAACAGA